CUCGCCUGCCUUGAGCGGCCGCUCGCCUUGCCUCGCCUGCCUGCCUGGCUGGACAGCUCCGACUGGCCAGCGCCCGUGCCGUCGCUCCUCGCCUUGCCGAGAUUGCAGCGGACGAGCGCUAGAUGCCCGGCUCGCCGGCUCGGGUUGGGCACGGGAACGGGCUCUUCCUGCUCCUGCCUUCCCGUCUCCUGCCCGAGCGAGUUGCCUUUCCUCCGGCUCUGGGGAUAAACUUUUGCCGGGGCUGCGCGGCGCGUGCCCGGCGGUAUCUCCGAGGGGGCACCGGGACCCGGGGGGCAGAGCCCUGACCCUUCGCCUUGCCGGGCUCUCUUCGCCCCACUCGAAAAGGACCGCGACUUCUGGAGGCGCAUUGGGGGUCUCUGCAUCUCUGGAUCGCCUCUGGGGACUCUGCCGAGCUGCCAGCCCCCCCUUGCCCAAUACAAACCCCCCCCCCCCGGAUAUCAUUGCCUGUCUUUGCCUUGCGGAUCGUCUCUGCCCAGGAUGGGGGUCGGCGGGUGCUUAGUCCUGCCCUGGAGAUGCCUGGUGGUCCUGUGUCUCAGGCUGCUCUUCCUUGUGCCCGCAGGAGUGCCCGUGCGCAGCGGAGAUGCCACCUUCCCCAAGGCGAUGGAUAACGUGACCGUCAGGCAAGGGGAGAGCGCCAUCCUCAGAUGUACCGUGGACAACCGGGUCACGCGAGUAGCUUGGCUGAACCGUAGCACUAUCCUUUACGCUGGGAAUGAUAAGUGGUCAAUAGACGAACGAGUGGUCAUCUUCUCCAACACCAAAACCGAGUACAGCAUCAAGAUCCUUAACGUGGACAUAUAUGACGAAGGUCCUUACACCUGCUCUGUACAAACCGACAAUCAUCCAAAGACAUCACGAGUCCAUCUCAUCGUGCAAGUCCCUCCCCAGAUUAUAAACAUCUCCAGAGACAUCACUGUCAAUGAAGGCAGCAGCGUAACUCUCCUGUGCUUGGCCUUUGGAAGACCAGAACCAACAGUGACAUGGAGACACCUGUCUAGCAAAGGACGGGAGUUUCUAAGUGAAGAUGAAUACUUGGAGAUCACAGGGAUCACCAGGUACCAAUCCGGAGAGUAUGAGUGCAGCGCUGCCAAUGAGGUCGCGGUACCAGAUAUUCGGAGGGUAAAGGUUAUUGUAAACUACCCCCCAUCCAUCUCCAACCCCAAGAACACAGGAGCCUCAGUUGGCCAGAAGGGGAUCCUGCGCUGCGAAGCCUCUGCUGUCCCCGUAGCAGAAUUUCAGUGGUUCAAAGAAGAAACCAGAUUAGCCAAUGGACUGGAUGGUGUGAAAAUUGAGAACAAAGGUCGGAUGUCCACGUUAACCUUCUUCAACGUCUCGGAGAAGGAUUACGGCAACUACACCUGUGUGGCCAUCAAUAAGCUGGGGAACACCAAUGCCAGUAUAAUACUGUAUGAAAUAAGUGAUCCUCCAACAUUGGCAGGUCCUGGAGCGGUACACGACGGGAACAACUCCGCAUCCAGGGGGCUGGCUUGCCUUUGGCUAUCAGGCACCCUGCUCGUUCAUUUCUUCCUUAAGUUUUGAUAAGAAAAGUGAGGGUCCUUGCAUUCGAUGCCUGGCUUCUCCCACACCACAGACUUUUAACCAUCCACACUGCUGGGGGAGGGAAGGGGUGAAGAAAAAAGGUAAAGGAAAAACCCCACACAGUCAACAGCUUGAAUAUACUGCCGGGAGGGGCACGGGGAGGGGGGAGGGCAGAGGGCAAUUGGGUUCCAAGUCAACUGCCCAUUAAGGAUUGGUCGAUUAUGGGCAUUUCACAAAGCAGAAUGGUUUUCAUUUCCUUCCCUGGCCCCACCCUUCAGACCCUAUUUAUGCAUAUCCAACCUCUCGUUCUACGGUCAAGCGCUUCUCAGCUGAGCCUGUGAAAUGCCCCGGGAGACGCGUCUUGGUCUGAGAGACGAUGCACAGUGGAAAGUUAAAACGAGUAAAUGAAAAAAGUGUCCUAUUAUUAUCUCUGUGUCUCUUGAGCAAAAGGAUUGUUCUUUCUACUUGUUACAUUGUACAUACCUGUUCCUGUUUCUUAACUGUCUGAUUACACUCUGGUUUCAUUUCGCUUCAGUCUGGGUGGAUGUUUCAAUGGGUUCACACCCCAUCAGUCAAUGCUUCCCUCUGCCCCGUGGUUUAUAUUGGAAGUGUGGGGGCUGGAGCUGAUGCCGUGGGACCAGUCAAACACUUAGGCAUAAACUGCAAGUUGGCCAACUGAUUCGAGGGAAGAUGGGGGAGCCCACCCUGUUCCAUCACAACCUAAAAGCUUGAGUGACUCGUCAAUGCAGAUAAAUUGACAGCGUUGAGUCAUGCGCCUCCCAUUUAUCAGAAUAAUUAUGCUGCUGUUUCUCCCAUUCACCCUUCCAUCUAAUUAUCCAUCCAUCUGCCUUUCGAGUCAUCUAUUUGUCAUAUUUAUCAAUCAAUCAAUGUAAUUAUCUAUGCUAGUUUUUUUAAAAAAUCCAGAUCUUUCCUCUUCAGUUCUCCAUCAACUCUUCCAACCAUCCAUCAGUAUAAUCACCUUUUAUUGAGUCCCACCUCCAUCUAGACCGCUUUUUUAAAAUUCCCCAUUAUUCAAACCACUGCAUCAUCAUCGUCAUCCUUGUUUAAAGUUCUGUUGAAGCCUCUCCAUCGCCUUUGCUGCAGAGUGAGGACAUGUAGGCAACUCACAGGGUGGAGGGUACCCCGAUGCUGAUGGCACAGAUAAGCAAUGGGAUACAUCUAAACUCUAAACGGGAACCAAGACAAAAGGCACAAAAUCCAAUAGCACCCCAACAAGGACCAACCUCUUCAAGUCUCUGGUUUCAGGCUUCUCGCUUUCCAUCCCUGAAACAAAACGAGCUCAUCGCUAGCUGAAAUUAUCCAUUUCUGAGCAUUGCCUUAAAAAGUAAUCCACUUAGGAUGCUGUUUAUACCCGGGGAGCUAUUCCGCCAUCGAUUCCGCUGGCCCCAGUUUGCUAUUGCAUACAGACAUUCCAAAUACAGACAAACAAAAGAAUCACUUUUUUCACAUUCUGGGUCAGCAAAGUUCUCAGUCCUCUCCCUGGUCUCAAUCUGCCCUUGCAUUUCCAUCCUGGGGGGGGGGGGGAAAUCUCGCUUUAUUCCUUUGGAAAUCCAUCCAUUCAGAAGACAGAGGCCAAUUACAUUGCUAGCAUGUUGGCAUUAGUCUUUGCAUUUGUUUGGGAACCUCUUCUGAGUGGAGGGCACUUGACACCAACUUUCGGAGUGUUUGAUUAACAGUGGGAGGGAGAGGAAAAAAGGAUGGGAAGGAGGAAGAGAAAAGCAAAACAGUGGGGGGGGGAGGUUCCUGUGUUUUCACGGCUCCCGUCUGAGUCCCAGAGAAUGCUAUUGGUCAUUGUAUUCUAAAGCAGAGCGAUGGCACCAGGUUGUGAGCACCAUGUUUCAAGGACUUGGGUCUUGAAGUCAAGAGGUCUCACUCAGCCCUCACUUCUUGUCUGAAAAAUACAGGACAGAAGCCGCUGAGAGUUGCUUCUCCUGCAGAGAUUUCAUCAAAAAGACAAGGCUGUUGGAGGAGGAAGAGAAGUUCCAGAGCUUACAAGGAACACAACUGUUUUCAGUCCUUUUCUUAGGAAUCCGUUUGGUGGACUGUUAUGUGCUGGACAGUAAACAGGAGAAGAGUCGAGAGUGCACCGGCACUACUAAACCAAGUGGUACUCUGCAACAUUGCAAACAGGCUAUUGCAAAAUAGUUCCCCAGGACAGCUUUGGAUGAAUGGGGGGUGGGGGGGAAUGAAUGCAAAACCAAGGAUCCUAGUUCUAUAUAUAUGGUUUUCUUUUUCCUCUUUGGAAACUUUCUCCAUAGGAAGAUGGUCCUAAGACUGUCACGCAUCUGCCAAGACUGGGGAACCCAAUCAGCCGCCUACAGAGCAGUAAGGAAGUAUAAUGCCUACAUUACUGAGCUGCUAACAGCCGUGUCUUGGGAACACUGAAAUGACCUUGUGGGUGGCAAGUGACUGGUGCUGGUUCCCGACGGGUCUGUGCAGAUGAUUAAAAGAACGUGCCAUUCAGAUUAUCGAUAUGUGUAGUACAUGAAUGAUUUUUUAAAAAGAGUCUGUUAUUUACUUAUACAAGACUAAACAUUUGGGUGGUAUAUUCAUAAUCACAAUGAGAAGCUGAAACAGUGAGGGCUUUGCUUUCCGAUGAACAAUGAAAGAAAACGGAGGCGAUCCUCGAUUUCAUCACUACUGAAUGUACUGACUUGCUUCCCAUAGCGUAUUGUGUUUUGUUGUAUCCAAAAAUUGCCUGCUUGCCUCCAGAUCUAAAGGAGAAGGGGAAGAAAUAGGCCCAAACCUUUCUGGAGGGAGAAAAGGAGAGAAAUAAGGGCAUAAAGUUUCUGCGGAAAGUAUGCCACUUCUUUAUCAGUUAUUCUUAGAAGGUAUGUUCCUUUCCAUGCUUUCUGCUAGAAGGAUAAGCAGUGUCAAAAGAAGAAGAGGAACACACUCAUAAACACAACCUUCACAGGAAGCUCUUCACAACCAUGUUGCCGUAAAGAGAUCCAACUUCAUGAAGAUAUUUGGGUGCUGAUUUAAUUGCAGCAAGGAAUUUGUAGCUGAGGUUCAGCUCAAAGGAGCUUGGCAUCCCAAUAGGAAUCUCUUGCCAGGCCAGACAAACCAUCGUUUUAACCCCAGCAUUCUGUAUACAACCAAAAUCAGAAAGUCGUCCCCAGGAACUCCCAAGCAGGAUGCGAAGGUGCUACAGAAAAUGGAAACGUUGCUUUUGCUUUGCCUGAAUUCCACAGCAACAGACCAAUUCAGUUGGCUCGUUUAGGAAAUGAUGAAGCGAAGCACACACAGAUAGACAAUUCUUCAAACACACCUGCCUAACCAAUCAACCCCAAGCUUGAUCCACUGCUAGGUUUGAACUGGAAGUCAAGACUGUGGUCCUUUGGUUACCUCCAUGUAGCAGUUGGAGAUCUGGGAUUAUGGCUGAUCUUGAGGUGACAGAGAUAAGUUUUCCUGGAGAAAAUGGCCAGUUUGGAAGAUGGACUCUGUGGCAUUGUACCCCACUUUUGUUCCUCCCCUCCCCUCCCCAAACCCUCCCUUCCCCAGACUGACCCUCCCCCAAUCCCCAGGAUUUUCUCAACCCGGAGCUGGCAACCCUAGUUGUUCCCAGGAUUAUCUUCCAGGAAUUCAGAUAAGCAUUAGCCUUGAAGAGUUAGUGAAUGUACAUGGUAGAAGUAGCCUUUAAAUUCUCAGAAACAGAUCAGAAAAUAAAGAUUUUAAGAUGCUUAAAACCAUGCUAUGAACUUUUAUAGCAGUUUAAAAAAUACUGAGCUCCAUGAUGAUCAUGUUUCACUGAACAAUCACCCCUAGAAUGUGAUCCUCCCCUCCGUUAAAUCCAUUCUACCAAGUGUUAUAUGAUUUCCAUGUGCUUAACUUUGGAACCAUGUCUUAGGAGAUCAAGAAGGCCCUGUUCACUGGGUAUACCCAGUGAAAGGAAAUUUUUUAAAAGGCUAG